AAGCGCUUCCCCUCCUUCACGUCAUGAUCACGUCUCACACCACACCAGACGCCCAGCAUGUCGUCGUCGGCUAGCGCUUCGCAGCCUCCUCCACCGGGCAAGCCACAGCCCAUCGACCCCAUCCUGCGUAAUGCGCUGCGCUAUACUAUCUCGGCAAAGGAGUAUCAGUUGCUGCACCAGUACCUCCUUUCACGUGCGCCAGCUGUGAAGAAACGCAGCAUUACCCCCAAGCGAUACGACGCAAUUGUCAAAGGCCCGGAUGAUUACAAUGUCGCUGCCUUUCGCGCCGCGUUGCGCCUGGGCUUGGUAACCUUGACUGGGCUCAAGGCGUGGGAGGUGAUUAAGACGAGGUUCUUGUCGCGAAGAGCUGUCCAGAGGAACCAACCCCGUGUACCCAUCUGGAAAUCACCCAAUGUCCGUCUUAGCAGCUCUCUCGCUCUAAUUCUUCUCUUCCAUCGCCUCCUACGACGCGUCUUUUUGCGCAUCCGCGAGAGUCUUCUGAGCAAUGAAGCGCGCUCUUUUCGACGGCGGAACCCGCGAAUAUCCCGCACAUUAACGUCUACACUCGCACCAGCUAUUGGAUCCAGCCUGGCAGGUUUCUUCCUCGCCGUGUACCCUGGAGACCAGCUGCGCAUCACCAUGGCAAUCUAUGUCAUGACACGAGCGCUAGAAUUCGGCUACAAUUACCUCGAAGAACUGGGCUACAUGAAAAACAGACCGAGCUGGUUCGGUUCCUGGAUGCUCAUGCCCGUAGCAUGCGGCCAGCUCCUCCACGCCUUCGUCUUCGACCGCGACUGCUUCCCCUCUGGCUUCGGCGAGCACAUUCUCCGAAACUCUCCCGAAUACAUCCAAAAGCGCCCCGCAGACUACCCAAAGUCCGCGCCCUGGCCAGGCACCUUCGACAUUGUCGAUAGCCUAGCUGAAAUCUCGCGCCAGAGAUGGCCACCCUUCAUCUCGCCCAUCCUCUUCCCAGACACGGAAACCCUGCCCAAACGUCUGGGCUCCAUCUCCCCCAUCACCUCGUCGGCGCACCCCGCCAUCAAAUCCCUCUCCUGCGCCCUCCUCCACCCACAAGACCCCUCGUGCCUCCGCACCUACAUCCAAUACUGGAUCCAAGCCUUCCCGAAAAUCGCCCGCCUCUUCACCAUCUUCUUCGCCACCCUCAGCAUCCGCAAAUACAAGGCCUUUUUGUCCUCGCCACUCGCCUCGCUAAAUACCCUCGCAAAAUCCAUCCUCCGCAUGUCCAUCUUCCUCUCCGGCGCAAUAGGAACGAGCUGGGGCUCCAUCUGCCUCUUUACAAACUUCCUGCCUCGCUCUUUCCUCGCCACUCAGCGAUGGUUCCUCAGCGGCGUGCUGGGCGGCAUGUGGGGCUUCCUUGGGCGAAGGAAUGGCAGAAUGAAUUUCCUGUACACGGCGCGUAUGUCGUUGGAUUCGCUGUGGAAAGUGGGUGUCAAGCAUGGCUGGUGGACUGGUGUCAAGAAUGGCGAUGUGCUGCUUUUUGUGGCCAGCUUGGCGCUCGUCAAUACGCUUUAUGAGGUUUCGCCGCGCUCUGUUAAUAGUGGCGUUGCCAGGAAGGGGUUGGGUGUUUUGAGGGGAGAGGGAUGGGUGGAUAGGGCGGUGGUGGGUAGAGACGAGAAUGAGAAGAAGAAGAAGAGGGAGGAGUAACGAAAUGUCUAGUGUCUUCAUUUUUUUUUCUUUCCUCUGUUUGUACUUGACCUUGUAUCAUGACGAUAACGAAGAAUCGUGUAAUUCUACUACUCUCUCAACCAAGGUAUCCGCAGAAGAAGAAACUAUAGUAUAAUAUAAAUAUUGAGGUGCAUUCCCAAAUACAGAACGCUAUAGAAGAAAGUGCAAUUUGGGUAUAUCAAGGACUGGUGUAGUCCCUUGCUAGAAGGAAGAAAGAAGAAGAAGAAAAAAAGGGGACGAAAAAAAAAAGAGAGAGUCUACUACCAUCGCUCUGCCCCUACGCUCGAAACAAAGUUUUUCCACCUUACGCCACACCACCACCACCACUCCCCCCCACCUGCCAUUACCAUCCAUCAUUAUUCCAGAUCCCACACCUAAACCGUGAGCUCAAGCCAUAGCCAUCGUCUCGGCACACUCGGCCAACUCUGG